GGCAGAUCCUAUCUAGCCUAUACUACAAUGCCGAAGUUGACGACAACAGCUUCUCCGAAGUACGAGCAUACAGCGACCAAUGUCGCACGCUUCCAGCGCCAGGUGGUUGUGAAUGUUCCUGCGCUCCUUCUACUCGGGAAAUUACUUGAGCCAAUCUGGGGCUCAAAGGAGUUCCUGAAGUUUAUUCUUGUUGUGAGCACGGGGACUUCAUUAUUGACAUGGGUGCUUAUGAUCUGUCUAUACUAUAUCACACAGAAAGAGCACUUCCUGUAUGAUAAGAUUUCGGGUUUCCAUGGAGUUGUGGCUGGCUUCUUGGUUGCCCUGAAACAGCUUAUGCCUGAUCAAGAGCUCUCUGCAGUUUCCGUUAUAAAGUUCCGAGCAAGGUGGUUGUCUCCUAUCGUCGUCCUGCUCUCCAUCACAUUGUGUGUGGUCUUUGGAGACCCACAUGCUGUUCUGCCGUUCGUGAUCUUUGGAACAUAUACAAGCUGGCUGUACCUCAGAUUUUUCCAGACGAAGCCGGAAGGAAAUCUGAAAGGAGAUCCCAGCGAGGAGUUCAGCUUUGCAUCCUUCUUCCCAGACUUAUUGAGGCCACUUGUUGGUGGGGUUGCUUGGGUUUUCUACAGACUCUUCUGCAGCAGAGCAGAAGCUUCUCCGACGGACGCAAACACAGGGUACAUUCUUGGGGGUAAACCGCUCCCAGGAUCUGAUCCUGUGGAUGCAAGCCGUAGAAGGUAAGCUUGCCAUUCUGAUUGUGGGCUCAGUGGAUGUUGGGAAUGGUUUUCUGUAUGACUAUUCCAGACCACUACCUUCUUAACCCGAAAAAAACGUACGUACCUUUUAUUUUUCAGAAUAAAAUAAAAGCCGUAGA